AGGCAAAGGGGGGGCUUGGAGCACAGAGCGGUUUGGUCGUUCGUUGGAGGGUCCUCUUUUCUUUGCUCGGCGACUGCGGCUCUUCAUUGGGGAGCAGGAGCGGCGCGACGAUCGGAGAAGCGGCCUAAGACUUCGGCGUUGGGUAAAAGAAAAUGGCCCGAACCAAGCAGACUGCUCGUAAAUCUACGGGUGGGAAAGCGCCCCGUAAGCAGCUGGCCACUAAAGCCGCCAGGAAAAGUGCUCCCUCUACUGGCGGGGUGAAAAAGCCUCAUCGCUACAGGCCCGGGACCGUUGCGCUUCGAGAGAUCCGUCGUUACCAGAAAUCGACCGAGCUUCUGAUCCGGAAGCUGCCUUUCCAGAGGUUGGUGAGGGAGAUCGCCCAGGAUUUCAAAACCGAUCUGAGGUUUCAGAGUGCCGCCAUUGGUGCGCUGCAGGAGGCCAGUGAAGCGUACCUGGUGGGUUUAUUUGAAGAUACUAAUCUGUGUGCCAUCCACGCUAAGAGAGUCACCAUCAUGCCCAAAGACAUCCAGUUGGCUCGCCGGAUACGGGGAGAGAGAGCUUAAGUGAAGGCAGUUUUUAUGGUGUUUUGUAGUAAAUUCUGUAAAAUACUUUGGUUUAAUUUGUGACUUUUUUUGUAAGAAAUUGUUUAUAAUAUGUUGCAUUUGUACUUAAGUCAUUCCAUCUUUCACUCAGGAUGAAUGCGAAAAGUGACUGUUCACAGACCUCAGUGAUGUGAGCACUGUUGCUCAGGAGUGACAAGUUGCUAAUAUGCAGAAGGGAUGGGUGAUAUUUCUUGCUUCUCAUGAUGCAUGUUUCUGUAUGUUAAUGACUUGUUGGGUAGCUAUUAAGGUACUAGAAUUGAUAAAUGUGUACAGGGUCCUUUUGCAAUAAAACUGGUUAUGACUUGAUCCAAGUGUUUAACAAUUGGGGCUGUUAAGUCUGACCAUACAUCACUGUGAUAGAAUGUGGGCUUUUUCAAGGGUGAAGAUACAAGUCUUAACCACAGUGUAACUUACAGUUUCCUUAAAAAAAAAAAAAAAAAAAAAAGUAAAACUGGCAG